UAAUAACGAGCCUCUUUUUGUUUCAUAUUGAUCAGUGAUCUGUAACAACAACAACAACAGUGAAUCAAAUCCGAAAGGAUGAAGAUUGAAAUUUUUUGUCUAUUUUUAAUUACAUCAUCAUUAUGGAUGAUGUCGAUAGAAGCAGCUCGUGAACCGGCCGUUUCACCUUAUGUGGAUGCAACAAGAAUGCCGAAUGAGAAUUAUCUUGUCGAUCUUCAUCGUGAAACAGGACUAAAUUCAGUUACAUUAGCAUUUGUAUUGGGAACGGGUUAUGGUUGUACACCUAGUUGGGGUGGUGAGAGUACAUUGCAAGAUUCGAGAAUAAUAAAUGCUGUGAAAGCAUUCAAAAAUGUUGGCGGUGAUGUUAUUGUUGCUACUGGUGGUGCAAUGGGACCAUAUUUAGAGGCAACUUGUUCGUCACCCGAUCAAUUGGCCGAUGCAUAUAAAAAAGCAUUAGACAUUGUAGAUAGUACACAUCUAGAUAUCGAUAUCGAGGCAUCAAUCAAUGUUGAUAUAAUGAUGAAUGCAUUGAAAAAAUUACGAUCCAUGAUACCAUCAUUGACCAUAUCAUUUACAAUGAUGGUCCAAGGUGAUGAUUAUGGUAUUGUCGACAUUCUUGGGGUUGAUAUAUUGAAACGUGCCGUUCAGAAUAAUGUUGAAGUUAACAUUGUUAAUGGUAUGACAAUGGAAUUCGGAUCCAAGCGCGCAUCAUGGGGUGAUGCAGUCAUAGCUGCUAGUGAAAGUUUACAUCGACAAAUGAAACAAGUUUGGCCACAUAAAUCUGAUGAAGAAUUGUAUACAAUGAUCGGUGUGACACCAAUGAUUGGCCGUAAUUUUAAUGGUAAAAUAUUCCAAAUCAAACAUGUUGAACAAUUGGUCGAUUGGGCUAAACAGAGGAAAAUCGGUCAUCUAUCCUUCUGGUCGGUGGGUAGAGAUAAUGGUGAUUGUCCGGGUGGCGGUGUUUCACCAUCAUGUUCAAGUAUUGCUCAGAAUAAAUUUGAAUUUAGUAAAAUUUUCCAACAAUAUUCCGGUACACAUAUUCCGGACCAUUUUUCUACGACUAAAAAGCCAAGUACAGAAAAUCCUCAUCAUUCAACAAAACCUAAACCAUUGAAAAUUGAUUGUUCCACUGGUGUACAAUAUAUUCCACAUGAAACGUAUUGUGAUAAAUAUUAUUGGUGUUUCGAAGGUAAACCACAUCUGGAACAAUGUGCAAAUCAUCUGGUUUGGGAUCCGAAAAUUAAUUCCUGUAAUUAUGCUGAAAGUGCACAACGUACUGAUUGCAUUUAAGAAUAGAGAAUGUUUGAAAUUAUUUUAAUGAACUAAGUACUAAUUAAAAUGGCAUUUUCAAUUUUCAA